AUGGCCAGUCAGUCGAGUCUUAUUCUUCGCAAACAGCUCAACGAUCUGAAGAAGACACCGGUGGACGGGUUCAGCGCCGGACUGGUGGACGAGAAUAACCUGUAUAAGUGGGAAGUGAUGAUUGUGGGCCCGCCCGACACCCUCUAUGAGGGCGGUAUGUUUAGAGCGGAGCUCGACUUUCCGCAAAACUUCCCGCAGAGGCCGCCGAAGAUGCGCUUCACGACUGAGAUAUGGCACCCAAACAUCUUCAAGAGCGGCGAAGUGUGCAUUUCGAUCCUCCAUCAGCCCGGAGAGGACACCUACGGCAAUGAGAAGGCCUGCGAACGCUGGACACCCGUCCACACCGUCGAGACCAUACUCUUAUCAGUCAUCUCAAUGCUGUCCGACCCGAACGACAGCUCCCCGGCCAACGUCGACGCCGCCAAACAGUUUCGCAAUGACUUUCAAGGCUUCAAGAAAAAAGUGGCGGAUUGUGUGAAGAAAAGUCAGGAUAUCUAA